AUGUCAUCAAGACCUAUCGACUUGUUAUUGUUGUUGAAUUUUUAUAAGCGGUUAUUAGGUGGACAAACCCAUUCAGAAGUUGGAGGAAAGUAUGACCAGAAUCACUUCAAAUCUCGGCAAUUAUUAUAUGGCCAUCCUUUUUAUGUCAAUGACGAAACUUUAUUGAAGGGAUUUCCAAACACUCCCAUUCCUGUAGGUUACCGCCAAAUUUAA